AGCCCGGCCCGGGGCGAGCGGCCUAGCCCGGCCCGGGGCGAGCGGCCUAGCCCGGUCCGGGCCUCGGGCCCGUGAGGGAGCCCGUCCUCGGCCCCCAUGGAUUUCUCCAAGUUCCUGGACGAUGACUUCGAGGUGAAGGACUGGAUCAACGGGGCCUUCAAGGCGGUGCCCAAGGACGCCCCGGGGAAGGUGGACGGACACGCCGCCACCCUGGUGAUGAAGCUGCAGGUCUUCAUCCAGGAGGUCAACAACGCCGUCGAAGAAACGAGUCACCAGGCACUUCAGAAUAUGCCCAAAGUUCUCCGAGAUGUGGAAGCUCUCAAACAGGAAGCAUCUUUCCUGAAAGAACAAAUGAUUCUUGUUAAGGAAGAUAUUAAAAAAUUUGAACAGGACACAGCUCAAUCAAUGCAGGUGCUGGUGGAAAUUGACCAGGUAAAAUCCCGGAUGCAGCUCGCUGCCGAGUCUCUUCAGGAAGCAGACAAGUGGAGCACGUUGAGUGCUGAUAUCGAGGAGACCUUUAAAACACAGGCUGUGACUGUGAUUUCGGCCAAGUUGACGAGCAUGCAGAGCAGCCUGACGAUGCUUGUGGAUACACCAGACUACUCAGAGAAAUGUGUUCACCUGGAAGCCCUGAAGAACCGGCUGGAGGCCCUGGCCAGCCCUCAGAUUGUGGCUGCCUUCAAUUCUCAGUCUGUAGAACAGGCUAAAGUGUUUGUGAAAGUCUUUACAGAAAUCGACCGGAUGCCUCAACUCCUUGCCUAUUACUACAAAUGUCACAAGGUGCAACUUGUGGCGGUUUGGCAGGAGCUCUGUCAGAGUGACUUGACGCUAGACCGACAGCUGACUGAGUUGUAUGACACUCUGCUCGGAGCCUGGCACACUCAGCUCCAGUGGGCCAUGCAGGUUUUCAAGAACGCCCACGAGGUGGUGACUGUGCUGCUCAUUCAAACCCUGGAGGCCUUGGUGCCCUCCCUGCCCGUCUGCUUGGCCACUGGGUUGGAAAGGGUAGGGCCAGAUGUGAAGCUCAUCAAACUACUGGAGCUCUACGACAGCACGGCGCACUUCGCCAAGGGGCUGGAGACGGCAAUGCUCUCUCACUUGCGUGAACACAAUCUGGUGAAGGUCAUGAAUUUGGUGCAAGCAGUGUAUGGUCCAUACAAACCGUAUCAGCUACAAUAUGGAGACCUAGAAGAUCAUCACCUUCUCAUCCAGAUCAGUGCAGUUCCUUUGGAACAUUGGGAAGUUAUCGACUGUGUCCAAGAACUGAGCCAUUCAGUGAACAAGCUCUUCGGUUUGGCUUCUGAAGCGGUGGACAGGUGCAUCAAACUCACUGAUGGGCUGGGGACGUGUGGACUGCUGACUGCCCUGAAAUCCCUCUUCAACAAGUACGUGUCCGAUUUCACCAACACUCUGCAGUCAAUUAGAAAGAAGUGCAAACUGGAUGAUAUUCCUGCCGACUCCCUCUUUCAAGAAGACUGGACGGCUUUCCAGAACUCAGUCAGGAUAAUAGCCACCUGUGGAGAGCUCUUGCGGCAGAGCGGGGACUUCGAACAGCAGCUGGCCAACAGGAUUUUGACCACUGCUGGCAAAUAUCUCUCAGACUCCUACAGUCCUCGCAGCUUGACCGGGUUUCAAGACAGCAGCCUGCAAGACAAGAAGAAUUUGGUCAAGAAUCCCUGGCAGGAAUAUAAUUAUCUUCAGAAAGAGAAUCCCGCCGAAUAUACCAGUUUAAUGGAAACCCUUUACACCCUCAAGGAAAAAGGAUCGAGCAAUCACAACCUCCUCUCUGCGUCUCGAACAGCCUUGACUCGCCUAAACCAGCAGGCUCAUCAGUUGGCAUUCGAUUCUGUCUUCCUGCGCAUCAAACAGCAGCUCUUGCUUGUUUCCAAGAUGGAGAGCUGGAACUCGGGUGGCAUCGGGGAGACCCUAACAGAAGAUCUGCCAACUUUCAGCCUCACUCCUCUGGAGUACAUCAGCAAUAUUGGGCAAUAUAUCAUGUCCCUCCCUUUGAACUUGGAGCCAUUUGUUACCCAGGAAGAUUCUGCUCUGGAAUUAGCAUUGCAUGCCGGGAAGUUGCCAUUUCCGCCUGAGCAAGGUGACGAGUUGCCUGAACUCGACAACAUGGCCGACUACUGGCUGGGCUCCAUCGCCCGGGCCACGAUGCAGACCUACUGUGAAGUGAUCCUCCAGAUCCCCGAGCUGACCCCUCACUCCACAAAGCAACUUGCCACAGAUAUUGACUACCUGAUCAACGUGAUGGACGCCUUAGGGCUUCAGCCAUCUAGGACACUCCAGAAUAUAGUAACCCUGCUGAAGACGAAACCCGAGGAGUACAGACAGACGGCCAAAGGCCUUCCCCGCCGGCUUGCCAGCAACCUUGCCGCCAUGAGGAACCUGGAUUACUGAUCCCACGAUCCGUGGAAUGGGGAGCGGAUGCUUUCUGUAGUGGAAUCGUUCUCCAGCCCUCCAAAAACUGCUCAGGGCAGGAGAGAGCCUGUCUCGAGAACACCCGGGGAUAAUCGUGCAUAAUCAAAGACGGAUUGGGAGUCCCCCCGAAAGGAUGACUGUCACGGGGCCGGAUUCAGGGUGCCGAGGAAAUGGGGUGUGAGGAGAGGAAGCUCCUUUUCUUCCACUGGGCAGCUCUGCUACUGGGCUCGGGGCAUGCCUCGGUGCGGGACCGAUUAGAGCAGCACGGAGGAAACGGGGACUAAGCAGCGGUGGGCCUCCCACCAACCCACCAGAGAUUAUCCUGGCUCUGGCAAACCCUCGAUGCAGAUCCCAACCUGCCUCAAUGAUAAUCCAGCCCCGGUGGACGCUAUUUCCGAGGAGAAGGAGGAUAUGUGUUAAUAAAUUGGACGUGACCAAUCAGGGAAAGAAGGCACUUUUCUAUUAAUUACUGAUUUGAUCUUGAUCCACAAGUGUCAGGGGGUCGGGGUGAUAGGCACUAGAAGAAUCCAAGGUAGCAGUUACUAAUUUAAGCCUUUUACUUCCAUUACUGAGGGCAGGGUGUUUGUAUUUUUCAAGAAAUCCAUUCUGGGCCGAACUCCCCUGGUCUUGCAGGAGACCAGGGCUGUCCUAGAUAAGGACGCAGGUGGCUCUAGUCUAAGGGGAAGAUUCUCCCAAGAGACAUUCUCAUCCAUUCUCCCCUUUGGGAGGAAAUGAGGGUCAUCUGGGGAAUCAAAGUGAACCCCCUGAGGCCUUACAUGAGGGUUUUUUUUUGUUUUUUCCUCAGCUUCUUGCUGGGUGCUGCAGUGUGAUUUGCGUUUGUGGAUGACACCAGUGUUGGAGGUGGCCCAUUACAGGGAGACAGCAGCUGGGGGAAAACUUUGUCAGGGGGAGCUCUGCAGGGUGGAGUUGAUGGAAGUUUUUGUUGUUGUUGUUGUUACUUUAAAAAAAGAUGCGGUGAGUUUUAUCAAUUAAAACUCCAGCCUAUUUGGUUCUGCACUGAAAGAACAUUGCCGGGACACUUAAUCCUGGGUUGCUCAAACUGCCCUUCCCAGCUCUCCAAAUUCAUUCUAAUCAAUACCACACCUCUAGUUUUGUCUCUCAAAAAGCCACGCUCUUAAAGAGGCAAGGAAGAACGGGGUAUGUCAUCUGUGGGCUUUUUCCUUCACACAUCCUCAUGUAACUGUAACCAGUUUUGCUGGCUGCUUAGAGUCACCGAGUGGAACUCAAACCAAGAAAAAUAUUUGGGUUUCUCAGGUCCCGAAUGCGAGCUGUGCGUGGCAGAGGUUCGGGCCGUGUUCGGGGGCCAGUUCGACGAUCGUGUUCCGUCCCGGAAAGGUGAUGGAAGCCCGGAGGUAUCCGAAACCCUUCUGGGAAGAUUUCUGGAUUCCUGCUCCAGUCGAACAACCCUCUGGGGUUCGGGUGGGGGCGGGGGCAUCUCUCUCUCGUGGAUUCACCUCCCCAAACACAACCUGCCCAUCGAAUGUGAUGCAGGUCCUUUAUUUUGGGGGUGGACAAUCUGGGAAUUUAAUGUUUUUUCAAAAAGCAUAAAUAAACCUGAAAUGUUGACCA